AGAAAUCCGUCGUCGACAACAUCAGAGAUACUUGAAUCGCUUAAGCAUUAACAAUUACCUAAUUUUUAGAUUAUUAAAAAAUGGAGUGUCAACCAAGUGGGGAUCCAAAAACGGGAGCAGCUUCGGUUAAUUGUGGAGUAAAAGCCGGAGAUGAAAAAGUCAACGCACGUGCCGGAGUUUUUGCUACGACCAACAGUACUGCCGGACCCGUCACAAAGGGCGUUUUUGGAGCAGUGAAUGUAAAGACCGAAACAGGCCAUUCAGCGACAUUGGGUGUUAACCAUGUGCCCAAGUUUAAUAUGACCGCCGUGAAUGCCAGCGGCAGUGCCAAUCUCUACACUUCGCCCAGUGGCAAUCUAAACGUGGCUGCCACAGCGAACGCAUUGCGCCACACCAGCGGACCCUUCAGGGGUAAAUCCGAUAUGGGGUACGGCUUAAAUAUGCAAUAUAAAUUUUAGAAAGCCAAAAGUCGAAAGUUGUAAAAAUAUAUGUAUUCAAUAUUGAAAUAAUAA